GGAAGCCCCGUUUCCCGUAAUCAUAACACACCUGACGCCAGCUUGACGCAACCUCUGAAGAACCAAACUGCAUAAAAACCGUAAGGCGAGCCGCCAUUUUUUAGUUGCUCACACCGUUUGAGGACUAUAUCAACAUCGCACUUUUCGUUAACCAUGCCGACAACUGACUCUACUCUCCGCAACUUGUCAGCUCUCGUUACUGGAUCUAGUAGAGGAAUUGGUAGAUCGAUUGCAUUGGCUCUUGCUGGGGAAGGAUGUCGAUUGGGACUUAUUGCCCGUGAUAAACACAAACUCGAUGAGGUUCGGGAAGAAUGCCUCAAAGCAGGUUCCCCAGAAGCCAUUGUUCUGGCAUGUGAUGUCACCAAAGAUGAAGAGACUGCCGCCACCAUCGAGAAAGCCAAACAAAAGUUCGGGUCCAUCAACAUUUUGGUGAACAAUGCAGGCGUAGGAGGAGCUGGACCUUUCCAUUCGGCUGAAUGGGAGAAGAUACGACAUGUCAUUGACAUGAACUUGAUGUCGUAUAUGCGCCUGACACGGUUGGCUUUACCUCUUAUAAAGGACACUGGUCGCGGAUACAUUAUCAAUAUUGCGUCUGUUGCUGGAAAGCGUACAAUGAAGGGCAAUGCAGAUUAUUCGACUUCCAAAGCUGGGGUCAUCGCUUUUAGCAAUGGCUUGUUUGAAGACGUCCGGGAUGACAACAUCAAGGUUUGCGCGAUCAGCCCCGGAUAUGUUGAAACUGAUAUGACAGCCAAUGUUCAGAAGGACCAUGCGAAAUUCAUCAGGCCAGAAGAUAUCGCCCGUACUGUAUUGUUUGUCUGCAAGUACCCUGAAAAUAGCUGUCCGACGGAGAUUGUCGUCAUGCCGCAGAAAACUGUAUAGAUAUCGGAUAAUGAUUCUGUGAUGCAGUACAUGGUUGUAUUGUAUAUUUGGGGGCUUCCCACAUCUUUAACGGUGCACCUAGGUUGGACCCUCAGUACCAAUUUUGAUCACUUGAAUUUCGCAGAAAAAGCUUGUUUCUCA